AUGUUGGCCCUCACAAGCGCAACUGGAAAGCUUGGCUCCGCCGUCCUCAAUGCCAUUCUUAUAAAUAAGCUUAUCGAACCACCAGAACUUGUCGUUUGCACGUCCUCCGAUCCUCUAGACAAACGCUUUGAUGCCCUCCGCGAACGAAAAAUCACCGUACGCUACAACAACUUCGACGAGCCCGAGUCGCUGAAACGCGCCUUCGCAGGAUGCUCGAAGCUGUUCCUGGUCUCCAGUCCACGAAUCUCCAUGGACUACAAUGACGCGCCGCUGUGGGAGGGCCGCGAAGCGCAUCAUCGCGCAGCAAUCGAUGCUGCGAUCGAGGCUGGUGUCAAGCACGUCUACUACACGUCCUUGGCCUUUGCAAACCCCUCAAAAGCGGGCGUCAUGCGAGCGCACACACGUACUGAGAAGUAUUUGAGCGACCUGGCACAUCAGGGCAAGAUCAAUUAUACCAUCAUUCGCGAAGGGCUGUACAACGAGAGCUGGCCGCUGUACUUCGGGUAUUAUUUCCGCUUGCAAGAUGAAACGAGGCAGGAGGUUGUUGUCGCCAACGGCGAUGGUCCCAUUUCAUGGACUGCCAUCGCCGACAUGGCGUUCGGAACAGCCAAGAUCAUCACAGCACCUAGCGACGCCUGGAAGGGAAAGACGUUGUACCUUGCACAGAGCAAGACUUGGUCUCUCGAGGACAUUGCGCGGCUUGUCAGCAAAUUUCAGUGUCAAGACAUCCAUCUCAAGAUCGUGUCAAGAAAGGAGUACGAGGAUCAUUACGUUGCGAGUGGUACUGAAAGGGCUUCAGUGGAAUGGUGGAGCACCACGUACGAUGCUUUGAACGACGGAGAAUGCGACAUCAAGGAUGAUACUCUUGAAAAGAUGUUGCAAGAAGCGGGGAGGAAGCCGAAAUCCCUUGAUGAGACCAUUGCGGAAAUGCUGAAACAUGAGGGAGGAGGUCAGAUAGCUGCAUAG